AAGGGGAAAAAAAAAAAAAAAAAAAAGAGGCUCCUCAGCUCAGAUUUCACUCGUUUGCUUUUUUCCUUAUCAGAGGCAAAUUCUUAAAGGCCUUACAGGCUUCAGAAGCACCUCACUUAGGAAGAACAGGGCUUCCAGGCCUCAGAGAGCUGACUGCCUUUGCACAUCUGGCCUUGCUGCCUAGGGGGCCAGGGCCAGCCGAGAUUAAUCCUAGCACUGCCACCUCCUGUCUCCAGAACGCUGUCCCUGCCAGGCAGCAAAAAGCAGCCUCAAUCUUUAAGGGCAGCAACUCCCAUUGCAAACAUUCCUGGGAACUCUGCAGCCAGCCAGCCCAGCAAGCCUGCAGCUCCUGGUGCAGAGGUAAAAUGAACAUUCAAGAGUAUUUCUCAAGAAUUUCUUUUGAUGGCUCCCAUAAGGAUGCAGACUUGCAAACCUUAACAGCCAUCUUCCAGCAUCACAUCCAGGCAAUUCCUUUUGAAAACCUCAGCAUGCAUUGUGGAGAGACCAUUGACCUGGAUUUACAAUCUACUUACAAUAAAAUUGUGAAAAAGAAACGUGGUGGAUGGUGCAUGGAAACAAACUACCUCUUAUUUUGGGCUUUGAAAGAAAUGGGGUAUGAUGUCUGUGUGCUUGGAGGAAAUAGUUAUGACCCAGCAAAGAGGGCGUACAUUGCUCAUAUAAAUCACAUCCUACUGAAGGUUGUGAUCGAGGGAAGUUCCUACAUAGUAGAUGCUGGUUUUGGUGGUGGUCCCUACCAAACAUGGCAGCCAAUGUUGCUGAUUUCUGGGAAGGAUCAACCCCAGAUUCCUGGCAUCUUCCGCUUCACGGAAGACAGUGGCAUCUGGUACUUGGAGAAGGUCAAAAGGAAGCAUUAUAUACCAGAGGGAAGUGUCCCUCUCACUGAUACUCCAGGAAUGGGCAAUAUCAGAAAACUAUAUUCAUUCACUCUUGAGCCAAAACACAUAGAUGACUUCCAGGAGCUAAACACAUACCUACAAGUGUCUCCGGAUAACAUACUUCAGAAGAAGUCAAUCUGCAGUCUCCAGACCACUGAAGGGUUUUAUGCCUUAGUUGGAUGGACCUUCACUGAGAUGAAGUACAACUACAAGGAGGACACAGACCUGCUGCAGACCACAACCCUUACAGAUGAAGAGGUUGAGAAGACUCUGAAAGACAAAUUCAACAUAGUGUUAGAGAACAAAUUGAUACCAGUAAACGUCCGUGGCUUGCCACCAAACCUGGUGGAUACAAUAUAAUUCUCAACACAGCUAAAUGGGUCUUUA